AUGCCGCGAUCUCGUUCUGUGACGAAGGUUUACGUUGGCGACUUGCCUCGUGAUGCUUCCGAGAAAGAACUUGCUCGUGUUUUUGACCGUUAUGGCACUGUGAGAAAUGUCUGGGUUGCGCGAAACCCACCAGGAUUCGCUUUUAUUGAAUUUGAGGACGCAGCCGAUGCCGAAGACGCUGUGAGAGACCUCGAUGGAACAGUCAUUUGCGGGGUUCGUGCUCGUGUGGAACUAAGUAAUGGCAGAACUCGUCCUAAGCCCUGGAUUCGUGGGGGUCGUGACGGAGACCGUUACGGUGAACGCCGAACUCGGCCGUUUGACCCUAACGAUCGCUGCUUCGAGUGUGGUGAGCGGGGCCACUAUGCGUACGAUUGCCGCCGUCGUCGGUCGUCACGACGUUCCAGCGUCCCAAAUCGUCCCCAAAGUCGCAACAACCAGAAAUACCGUAGAAGAGCACAUGUUGCCAAUAUGUGGAUGGAAUUGGAGGCCGCUGUGACGGUCCAAAGGCCGUUCCAGAGUUUCUCCUCUCUUGAAGCGAGUAGAUCGGCCAGAAAGAGACACCUUCCACCUCAUAAGCGUCGUGAAUGUGUACAGGGUAUUAGCAUUAUUGGAAGCCAAUGUCCCUUUCCGCCUAAAGGUUGA